AUGGAGUCUGCACAAGAAGCAGGGGAGCUGGGACCUCGCACCGAAGUGCUCACAGACGCCGUUCUCGAGGUUGGACAGAGACUCUUUGAGGUGAGCCGCAGGGUGCUCGCACUGCACAGUCCUUACUUUGAAGCCAUGUUUUUUGGGGGCACGAGGGAGAGCUCGGAGCACCGUAUAGUGAUUAGAGGAAUGGAUGCAGUGUCUUUCCAGGCACUUCUGGAGUUCACUCGCACGGCCCAAGUGCUUAUAAAUCGAGAAAAUGUCACGAGCUUACUGGAAGCAGCUGAUUUUUUUCAGUUUGACAGUGUGAAACGGUUGUGUGAGAAAUUCUUGGAGCGAGAGUUGCAUGUUUCCAACUGUCUGGGCCUCAUGACUUACUCGCAGCGAUUUGCCUGUGUAGAGCUGCACGCGUCUGCUAUGAACGUGGCGCUCACUCACUGGGGGGAUGUGAUGUGCCAGGAAGAAUUUAAGGCACUGCCCAAAGAAAAGCUGAUGCAAUUCCUGCAGAGCGACGACCUUUUUGCUCCUCGAGAAGAUGUGGUUUUUGACAGCGUUAUUAGGUGGAUAAUGGAGGACCCAGCAACAAGAGAGGAAGACUUCCUGGAUUUGGUAGGAGAAGUCAGAGUCACUUUCCUGAGUCUGUCCUUCCUUGAUAUUUUGGUGAAACGCAGCAAACGCCUUGGAGAGAAAGAUACUUUCUCCAGACUAAUAAAGAAGUUAGACAGCUGCCCUCCACCCAGCUGGCAAAAUAUGGAACUGUCUCCUCGUGCUAGCCGGAGCUAUGACACCUUGUAUGUUCUGGGAGGAAGACGUGACGAAGAACAACAAGAAUUAUUCCUCUUCCAACCCAAGACAGGGACGUGGCAGGCUCGCUCUCCCCUGCAGCGCAGGAACCUCACCCAGUACGCGGUGGCAGCAGUAGGGAAUUUUGUUUUUGUGACAGGAGGAUACUUCCGGGAUGAGUUUGUGUGGUAUAGUGUGGAUUGGGUGCUCAUCUACAAUUGCUUGGACAACAGCUGGCUGGAAGGGCCUGCCAUGAAGAACUCUCGCAAUAGUCACUGUGCGGUAGGAGCAGGGCUCUACCUCUAUGUGCUCGGAGGGAGCACGGAUGAAGGGAUAAUUCCAGCGGUGGAGCGCCUGGCUUUGAUGGACUCGGAGUGGGAAAGCAUGAGCCCCAUGGCUCAGCCUGUGGAGAGAGGAGAUGCAGUCAGUGUAGGAACCAGAAUCUAUGUGGUCUGUGGCCUUGAUGAAAAUGGACACGUUUAUAGUGGAGUGCAAAGGCUGGACACGGAGACGGACAUCUGGGAUGUCAUCUCCUUCUCCCCACUUCCCAGGUAUGACCUGUGCGUCACAGAACUGAACGGUGCCCUGUACACCAUAGGAGGGGGAGCUCUUCGAUUCGAUGUGAACACAGACGAAUGGACCCAAGUGGACGAGGAAUGUUUGACCCAGAAGUUCUACAUGGGCUGCAGCACCGCAAAUGGCCAAAUUUAUCUCCUUGGCCAGAGAAAGGGGAACAGUGCCCUCCCCACUGUUGUGCUCUUCGAUCCCUACACUGACCUGUGCCAGGUUAUAGAUAACAAACUCCCUUGCCCCCUUCCUAUUCAUGGGUGCGUUUCUGUCCGGAGAUUUGAUACUUGGGUAUAAGCGAGGCUAAAUCCAGCUUGGCUAUAAGGUCAAGUGUUUUACAGCUGGUGGGACUUAGCUUGUGUCAACUUCGGUUUGGGAAAUUUGUUGAAUUUUGAAGAAGUUCURUUUCUUUAACAUCUUUGUCUUUUUCUAUCUUGCAAAUGCUCUAAAUAAGGGCUCUUCAGACCCCUCACCUGUAGGGUUCUUUGUGCCCUUGGCAGCUGGGAGGGACAGGAAUGUCACAGCAUCAGUUAUAAAGGCACCGUAGAAAUAAUAAAUUGUGUGUUAAGGGAGCUCUCAGACUGUAUUCAGAACCUCAGCUGAAAACAGGGCCAGGAGUUUCUAAUGAAAUUCAACAGCCCUUUUGAAUCCUUGAUGUAACCUUUCACCGGGGCAAGCUCUACUUUGAGGGUCCCUAAAGUGUCCCCUCUUGCCCAGGGCCAACUGCAGC